UUUUGUCCUGGAUUCGCCGGCUUUCCCCGGAGAAGAGGACCCACCCCACCCCCCCACCCCGCGGCCAUUCACCAUGUCCACCUUCAGGCAGGAGGAUGUGGAAGAGCACUAUGAGAUGGGCGAGGAGCUGGGCAGCGGUCAGUUUGCAAUUGUGAGGAAGUGUCGGCAGAAGAGUAACGGGCUGGAGUACGCGGCCAAGUUCAUUAAGAAGCGUCGCCUGUCGUCCAGCCGGCGGGGGGUGAGCCGGGAAGAGAUCGAGCGGGAAGUGGACAUCCUGAGGGAGAUUCAGCACCCCAACAUCAUCACCCUCCAUGACAUCUUUGAGAACAAGACGGACGUGGUGCUGAUCCUGGAGCUGGUCUCUGGCGGGGAGCUCUUUGACUUUCUGGCUGAGAAAGAGUCCCUGACUGAGGAGGAGGCCACACAGUUUCUGAAGCAGAUCCUCGAUGGGGUCCACUACCUGCACUCUAAGCACAUUGCCCACUUUGACCUAAAGCCUGAGAACAUCAUGCUUCUGGACAAGAACGUGCCCAAUCCUCGCAUCAAGCUGAUCGACUUUGGCAUUGCCCACAAAAUUGAGGCAGGGAAUGAGUUCAAGAACAUCUUUGGGACCCCAGAGUUCGUGGCUCCUGAGAUCGUGAACUACGAGCCCCUGGGGCUAGAGGCUGACAUGUGGAGCAUUGGAGUGAUCACCUACAUCCUUUUAAGCGGCGCAUCUCCAUUCUUGGGUGAAACCAAACAAGAGACCCUGACCAACAUCUCGGCGGUGAACUAUGAUUUUGAUGAGGAAUAUUUCAGUAACACCAGCGAGCUGGCCAAGGACUUCAUCCGCCGACUACUCGUCAAGGACCCCAAGAAGAGGAUGACCAUUGCCCAGAGCCUGGAGCACUCCUGGAUUAAGGUGAUCAAGAGGAGGAACGUGCGGAACGAGGACAGCGGCAAGAAGCCCGAGCGGCGGCGGCUGAAGACGACCCGGCUCAAGGAAUACACCAUCAAGUCCCACUCCAGCAUGCCUCCCAACAACACCUACAUCAACUUCGAGCGCUUCUCCAAGGUGCUGGAGGAAGUGGCGGCGGCCGAGGAGGGCCUGAAGGAGCUGGAGCACAGUAAGAAGCUCUUCCGGGAGGACAUCGAGGCCCUGACCUCCAUCUAUGAAGAGAAGGAGGCCUGGUACAAGGAGGAGAACGAGAGCAUCGGCCAAGACCUGCGGCAGCUCCGCCAGGAGCUCCACAAGACGGAGGCCCUGAAGCGGCAGACCCAGGAAGAGGCCAAGGGGGCCCUGCUCGCCGCCAACGGGCUCAAGCGGGGCUUCGGGCGGCUGGAGAACCGCUACGAGGCCCUGGCCAAGCAGGUGGCAUCGGAGAUGAGGUUCGUCCAGGACCUGGUGCGGGCCAUGGAGCAGGAGAAGCUGCAGGAGAGCGACUGCGGCAUCCGCUAGCAGCCCCGACCACCUCCGGCGGGGGGCUGAGCGGGGGCGGCAUUCUCCUUCGUGGCCGUCUCCUGCGGGCAGCAGCCCGGACUGGUUCCGUACGGAUGGCUAGAGAGACCAGUGAAGCUUCUCAUUUGUUUUCUUCUUCCUCUUCCCAGUGUACAUGGGAAAUUUCCACUUGUUCCUGCACCAGGAGGGGAGCGGGCUUAGGCGGACAGGUUUAGUUCAAAUCGUAACUCGAUUCUAGGGCUAAGGAAAUUUUCUUUUCAACUUCCUUUUCAAAUCUGUUUGUCGAAGUAUAAGCACCUUUAGGACAAAUGGCUUUUUUUUUCCCCCUCCUCUGGUCCGGAAUGGGCCCCGCCCUGCCCCGACCCCUGUCCCUACACUCUCGACAGAGUGGACUCCCCUCUCCCUUUUCUUGCUCCCUCCCUUCUCUGGCCAGUUGAAUACUCACGUAGUGGAUGAUAUACUCACAGUAGCGGGACCCGAUCUGUACCUGUUAUAUAUGGCUAUAAUUGGACUCGGGUCCUGGAACAAUGUAAUGCACACAACGUAUGCGGUAAUGCAUCAUGAAUAAAAUAAAGUUUUAUACCUAUAGGA